CCUCCGAAGCACUAGAUGUCGACAGAGCAGAAGUGUUCAACCCCCAAGCGCUCCUGAGCUUCCGUCGCCGGUGUUUACACUCACGGCGUGAAGCUCUUCGGGCUCCUGUGAGAUCGGCUUGUGUUAUUAGACUGUGAUCGGUGUUUGAACACAGAUUAUUCGCCGAAGCGUUGCGAGAAUGCGGUCUGAGGACAGCACCAGUCCUCAGGGAAAGAUCUUCAGAUCCAGGACCCCGCUUCACAGCGACUGACAAACACAGGGAGAUGCCUCAGACUCCACACAAGAGAAGAACACAGAGGAGAGAGACGAGAAGAGCCAGUCCAGACAAUCGUUUACAGCCGACUCUGGACACAAGACUGCAGUCGUCUUCAGAGAGCCAUCGGCUAGAGCCAGCAGAGACGCCCGGAGGACGGGAGGACGUGUCUCCGUCUAGAAACACCGGCAGCAGGUUGAAGUUAUUAGCAGAGAAACGGAAGACGAGUCCAUACUUCAGUGGAAGGACUGAGGCUCUCAGUCCUCCGAAGCGCAAGGCCUUCAGGAAGUGGACUCCGCCGCGCUCGCCCUUCAAUCUGGUGCAGGAGACACUGUUUCACGACCCCUGGAGGCUUCUGGUGGCCACAAUCUUCCUCAACAAGACCAGCGGUAAGAUGGCGAUCCCGGUGCUGUGGGAGUUUUUCCAGCGCUAUCCGAGCGCAGAGGUGAUGCGGGCGAGUGACUGGAGACCGCUGUCUGUCCUUCUGCAGCCGCUGGGUCUCAGCACGCUCCGCGCCAAAACACUCAUCCGCUUCUCCGAUGAGUAUCUGAAUAAAUCGUGGCGGUAUCCCAUCGAGCUCCACGGCAUUGGCAAAUACGGCAACGACUCAUACCGUAUCUUCUGUGUGGAGGAGUGGAGAGAGGUCACUCCAGACGACCACAAGCUCAACGACUAUCACGCCUGGCUCUGGAAAAACCAGGAGCAAUUAGGAAUCUGAUUUUAUUUUAAUAAAUCAUAAUGUCUGCAGUAGCAUAUGUGAAUCAGUGUCUCUGUAUCAGUAACUCACCAGAGAUCUUUCUCCUGAAAACAUGAGCUGUUCUUAUUGUUUUAUCAUGUUUGUUCAUCAGUUCAAGGAAAAAUGUUUUUGCAAAUGUUGUGUAAAAAUAAAUGAGUUUUUUAUCUUUUGUA